AUUGAUAUAUAUGUGAAGGUCAUUAAAACAGUGCCUUUAAAGGUUAAGAAAUGGGAUACUAUUAAAUCUGUCAAAACAUUGUUAUAUCACAAGGAAGGUGUACAAGAAUAUCAUCAGGAGCUCGUUUUCGCUGGUAAUCAGAUCAAGGAUGAUCAAAAGCUUUUUCAUUUUGGCAUUCACCAGAACUCUUGUAUCGAUGUUUAUGUUAAGAGUUCAGAGUCGCUAAGAUUGUUUGUCACAAUACCACAUUCUGAGAUAACCGACGUGAUUGAAGCAAAGAGUAUUGACAGAAUCCAGGACAUCAAGGACUUGAUUGGAGCCAAACAUGGCAUUCAUUCUUAUCAAUAUGUUCUAGUCUAUGACGGAAAGUUGCUAGAAGAUGACAAGACCUUAGCUUUUCUCAAAGUUCCAUCUGAAUCAACGUUGCAUAUUUUGUUUGUUAGAAGCGAAAAGUUGUUGGUUUCAGUGAAGAUGCCUAGUGGGAAAAUUUCAGAAUUAGAAGUCAAGUUAUGGCACACUGUUAAUGAUCUUAAAACUCUGCUCGAAAGACAACUUGGCUACUCACUUGGCGUUUGUACUUUGUUGUACGAAGGUAAGAAACUCGAGGAUUCAAAGAUGCUAUUGUCAUAUAAUGUUGAACAAAGAUCCAGGUUCGUGUUGAUGUCUCCGUUUAUUCAAGUAUUCAUUAAGUCAAAUGGUGGAAGUAUGACCCUGGACGCGCUCCCAACGGACUUGGUGAGAGACCUGAAGUUGAAGAUUCUUGACAAGGCUGGAAUACCAAUAGAUAUUCAGAGUCUAGAUUUUGAGGGAAAAGUUUUACAAGAUUCCAGGAAUUUAGCCAGCUAUAAUAUCCAGAAAAACUCCACCAUUCGUUUGGCUUUAUGGAAAAAGCACGUUCGCGCCCAUUGA